GUCAGAAUGGAACCAGAAAAAGAUAAGGAAUCCAAACCCAUGCCAUUCUCCGAGGAUGAGAAGCGUCUCCGCGCCUACGGAAGGUUACCUCGUCGAGGGGAAUUACUUGGACGACAUUCCAAAGAACGAACGUACUUCGACUCCGGUGAUUACGCGCUUUCCGCAACCGAUAAAUUAACUGAUGUCGGUGCUAUUCACACUGGCGCAGCCUAUCCUCGACGCGAGAGCAUUUCACUUCCCUAUGCCGCGGUCCCCAACACUAGUAAUGCCGGUAAGGACGCGAACAAGGAUUCUUAUUUCAGAAGAAGUCUAAGUCCAGAAAUGGUGGAAAGUCCCCUUAAACAGCAAACUAAUUCCGUCAACGAUCAAAAGACACAACCGGAUAAAGCAGACUAGGACGCCAUGACUAUUGGAUGCAACUGUUAUAUCUGACAUAUCUAUGGCACAUAUAGCGACCGAUUCAUAGAAAAGUACAAGGGUGUCGGGUUUUACGAUUUUGUUCAUUUAGGCCAGAGUACAUUUGAUGGGUGCUUUCCUGCGCAAAUGUCUUGACAACAGUUUUGUUGUAGACUCUCAUUAGCCUCCAUGGAAUCUAAGAUCAGAUGAACAAUGCC